AUGGAAGGACGUUACACUGCUGUUGAUUCGAUUCCUGGGCUCGUGGCGGGUCUGCGCAAGACAUGGAAGAGCGGCAAGACGCUCAACCUCGAGUGGCGUCUGCAGCAGCUGCGCCAGCUGAUCAAGUUGCUCAAGGAGAACGAGAACCAGAUUAUCGCGGCACUCAAGGCCGACCUGCGCUCGACCGAUUUGAUUGCUGGCUCGGAGGUGGACAGCUCGAUCAAGGAGGCGACCGCGGCCAUCAAGAACCUGCCCGAGUGGUCCAAGCCCGAGGAGAAGUCGGUGCCCCUCAUGCACAAGCCCGGCUCGGGCUUCAUCGUCAAAGAGCCCUACGGCCUCGUCCUCAUCAUCUCCCCCUGGAACUACCCGAUCUCGCUGCUCCUCAAGCCGUUGGUGGGCGCCAUCUCCGCCGGUAACGUCGCAUGCCUGAAGCCCUCCGAGGUCAGCGUCAACUGCUCGCGCGUCCUCUUUGACCUCAUCCCCCGGUACCUGGAUCAGGAGGCGGUGGUGGUGGUGGAGGGUGCAGUCGAGGAGACGCAGGCCCUGUUGAAGGAGGCCUGGGACUACAUCUUCUACACGGGCAACGGCAAGGUGGGCCGCGAGGUCAUGAAGGCCGCCUCGGCCAACCUGACCCCGGUCACCCUCGAGCUGGGCGGCAAGUCGCCCGUCAUCCUCGACUCCCAUGUCAACCUCGACGUCGCCGCCAGGCGGCUCUGCUGGGCCAAGUUCACGGUCAAUGCUGGUCAGACUUGCGUCGCGCCGGACUACAUUUUGGUCACCAAGGACAUGGAGAAGCCGCUGCUGGAGAAGAUGGCGGCGACGCUGAAGGAGUUCUACGGCAACAACCCGAAGGCCACGGCGGACUACUCGCGCAUCAUCAACGAGCGACACACCCAGCGCGUCGCGGCGCUGAUCGAAGGCCACGACGUGUUCGUGGGCGGCGAGGUGGACGUCGAGGACCGCUACAUCGCGCCCACGAUCCUGACCAACGUCGACACCAACGCCAAGGUGAUGCAGGAGGAGAUCUUCGGCCCGGUGCUGCCCAUCGUGCCGGUCGACUCGGUCGAGCAGGCCAUCGACUUCAUCAACGACAGGCCCAAGCCGCUCGCCCUCUACAUCUUCUCGAACAGCAGCGCCACCCAGGACAAGGUCCUCAAGAACACCUUCUCCGGCGGUGUGGCGAUCAACGACGCGAUCCUGCAGGUGGUGUGCCCCGAGCUGCCCUUCGGCGGCGUGGGCGAGAGCGGCAUGGGCGCCUACAACGGCAAGCACACCUUCGACACCUUCACCCACCGCAAGAGCGUCCUCAAGAGGGCCGUGUGGUCGGAUCCGUCGCUGCGGUACCCGCCGUACACGGAGAGCAAGCUCAAGUGGCUCAAGCUGCUGGGCGGCGACCUCAAGAUCCCCAGGUGGGUCGUGAUCGCCCUCCUGGCCGUGCCCGUCAUCGCCUUCGUCUUCUCCCGCUACGGCUUCCUCUUCAACAACGCCUCCUCCUCCGGCCGCCUCUAA